UGAUCUUGUUGAGGAGCAAGAUGCUAAAACCACUUUCAAGCCUGACAAACAUGCAGAUGAACUCACGAAAGUGGCUGAUGAAUCUGUAUCAAAAGUUUUAGACUGGUUUAAAAGAAGUUCUGGUACUGAAGAUAGGAAACAUGUAUCAGCUAAGUCCCAAGGCAGGGAACCCAAAGAGGAAGUAGAGUUCUCAACCAGAACAACAGUUCUUCCUACAGAAGACAGUGGCCUUAGCACGGAUGAAAAAAUGGGAGUUACGGAAGAGUUACUGUUUGGAAGGAUUAAUCAACGGAACAGUAUUUCACCUGCAUCAUUUAUUUCAGAAGAUACGCAGCUGGUAAAAGAGAGGAUGAAACUUAAGAAGGGGGAAGAGAAUGAGGAACAAAAUGACAAAUCACUAACUGAAUUUGACUGUACAAAAGCUGAAGAAAAAGAACAUGGACGAGAAAUCAAGGAACAAAAUAUAAAAUCGAAUCUCUUGGAACAUGAAGAACACAAGUUACCAGCUCAAAAAUGUGAACUGGAGAAGGCAAUACAAGAAAAAAGAAGAAUAAGGGAGAUCAGAGCAUUCUGGGAGGGGGAUAAAACUAUCCCCAGUCAUGGAGAGCAAGAAGUUAGUAUCAAUUCUAAUGCAUCAGGUGGCAGUACAUUAAAGAGUCUUGGAGGAAGUGACAAAAUAAAACCAGCUGCCAUAUACCUACCUAAUGGAUUGGGUGAUCAAAGCAAGAAUAUGCUAAGUAGUGCUGAACUAAGUUGUGCAAGCCAGGCUUCAAGAAACAAACACCAAAACUCUUUUGAGUUUGGAUCAGGCCAUGCAGUUGGAAAGUCAAAAAGAACGCUUCCACCUGAUGAAGUUCACGUAUAUACAGAAUUGCCAAAAGCCAGUAACUUGCAGUCAAGAGUUGGUGCCACUUCAGCUUCCCCAGAAAACAAAGAGAAAGAAGUAGAUGGGAAAGAAACACUUAAAGGAAAAGCUGCUGCUUGUUUCCGACAGAAGCCCAGCUUCCAGGUUUUGUCUUUAAAAGAAAAAAUUAAUGAGAAGCUGAAGAAUCAAAUUUCAGAUCCUUCACGGUUCCAGAGUUUGAGAAAUUUCUGGGAUACUGGGGUUAAGUUACAGAGUAGCAUUGACAGGGGAGAUGUUUCUUUGCCAGAUAGUACCAGUCCAGUAACCUGUGAAAGAAAAUCAAAGGAAGAUAAAAAAAGCACAGAUAAUGCGAGCAAGCAAGAGUUAAUUCAACAACAAACCCAAACAUCUGAGAGAGAAAAAACACGGAAACUAGAUUCUCUGGUAUGUGAACUGCCUCUAGAAUCUCCUACCCUGAAUGGUCUGAACUUGACACACACACAAAAUACAGACUUUAUCCAGCCGGACAGAAAACCAGUUACCCCAAAACCACAGAAAAAGAUGGGUCUUCCAGAUCAAGAAGUUAAAGAAUGUGUAGAAAAAAGUAUAGUUUCAUCAAAAGGACAUCAUGUUUCCCUGCAGUUGCUCCAAUCACCUGAUGAUAAAGAUGCUUCAAAGGAGUCAGCAGUAGAUGAUUGGCUAUGUUUACCUGUAGAAAAAGUGGGGAACAAGACUACUCCAUUAGAUGUCAGUCUCCCUAAAGAAGAAGUUGCAGAGACCAUGGAUAAGGUUGUUCUACCUAAAGCUGAACUUGAUGUAUUUAAAUUUGGCCUAAAGAAAUUAGAAAAGGAAGCCUCUGAGACGUCAUCUAGCUUGAACCUAAAAGAAAACAUUUUGAAAGGGAAAGUUCUUCACUCAAAUCAGUGCAAGGUCUUUGAAAGAACAGUAGAACAGAGCCAUGACAUUUCUCCUGCCGAUAAAAAAGUAGGGAAGAGCACAGGAAAAGUGAAUGUGCUAUCGACAGAUGAGCAUGAAAACAAAAAAAGCCUCAGGGAACAGUUUAGGGAAUUUGAAGGUUUCUGUCUACAGCACAAGGCAGCAGACAAAGAUACUCUUGAGGGUUCCCAGAGGCCUCAAGCUGCUUUGCAGAACCUGCUUAGAGAAACCUUUGCAUCUCAACCUUCUGAAUACAGAAGGGUGGGAAUGCAAACAUCUGAUGAUGUGAACAGUAUGUCACAAACUAAUUGUAGUGUAGAAUCAACAUGCCAAGAAGAUACUAGUCAGCCUGAAGAGGUCAGUGAGACCAUAGAAAAGUCUGUUGCCCCAUCCAAGGUCAGCGGCUUGAGUUCUGCUGUAGAGAAGUUGCUGAAGGAGGCCUCAGAAACACCCCCUCCUAAACCCAAAGGUGCUGACAGCAUGGAACAGAGGACUGCUGAGGUGCAAGUUAUAAGCACAACCCAUGAGCAUGAUAGAGAAUUGCUGCAGGAAACUGGUGAGACCAGAGAAAGAUCUGCACCAUCCAAGGCUGAAUAUAGAGUAUUUGACGUUAAUUUGCAGAAACUACCAAAAGAGGUCUCUGAAACAUCAGCUUCUGUGCUGGAAAACAUGGAUAAGAAAAUGCAAAGUAAAAUGCAGAUGAGUCUAAGUGUGCAUGCUCUGCAUCAAGAGAGAGAUCAUCCUCAAGAAAUACAAGAAAAAAUAGAAAAAAAUUAUGUUUCAAACGCUGUAAAAUUCAAUGAAUUCAAUAGCUCUUUAGAAAAACUUAUUCAAGAUGCAUCUGAAGGUCCAUGUCCAGUAUCCAGAGAGUUACAUAAAUGGGAAAAGUUUGGGGAUCAUAUGUUUCCAUCACAAAAAGAGACUACAUUCAUGACACUGUUACAGCCACAUAGUCCUUUAAGAAGGUAUCGUACACGGAUGAAGAUAACUGUCAAAGGGGGAGCUCCAGAACAAAACAUCAAAGCUUCAGUAAAUGAUCUUGCAGUAAAUGAAACUGAGGGUUCUGAUCUUCCUGAAAGAAAUGGAGGUAUUAAUAAAAUAGAGAAGAGAAACAUGGCUCCAGCUGAUCUUCCUCCCUUGGAAGGAGAGGUCAAUAUGACUGCAGUCAAGCCAUUCAAGAUAAAUGAGAAAGGAAGGAAAGACGGAAGCACAUCCUUGGAUACCUCUGAAAAGCAUUCAGAAUUUAAAGCAUUGUUGAAAUUCAGAAGAGCAAGCACACCACUAAAAGAUGAGAGCAGCUCCUCCCAGCCAGAAGGAGCUCAAAUCUGCCUAAUGUCUCAGCAUGAGGAAAAUGAUGAAGAGGAAGGGGUCGGCUCAAAUUUGGGAUCUGGUUUUUCAGAUGAAAACUCUGAUUCCCACUGUGGAACCAGAAGUUCAACUUGUUCAGAAGAAGAAAUAAACCCUGUUUUGAUGGCUUUGAAAAGGAGUGCAGAUAGGAAAAUGCCUUCCAAAAGUCUAGAGGACAUUCCAUCAGCCACCUCAAAUAAAGGAAAAAUAAAUAAUCCAAAGGAAGAAUUAGCUCUUAGUGCUGAAGAUGGUCCAAAACCUGAUCAGCAUCAAGAGAGGAAUGAAAAUGCAGCAGGAAUUUCCACAGUGCCUUCACAGCCUGAUAAGCUGUUUUCCAAUCCUGAAAAACUCAAAGGACUGAGCAAGUCAGUACCAUCAUUCCUACAGGAAGAGAGCGAUGACAGAGAGACAGAUACAACAUCAGAAAGCAGUUAUUCCUUUGGCAGAAUCAAGAAGAGCCCCAGCUCUCUAACCAAUCUUAGUGGCUCUUCUGGCAUGGCCUCCUUAUCCUCUGUGAGCGGAAGCCUAAUGAGCAUCUAUAGUGCAGACUUUGGCAACGUUGAUGUGAAGGGGAACAUUCAGUUUGCUAUUGAUUAUGUAGAACAGCUGAAUGAGCUCCACAUUUUUAUUUGCCAGUGUAAAGACUUGGCAAUGGCAGAUGUUAAGCGACAGCGUUCAGACCCGUAUGUAAAGACGUACCUGCUUCCAGAGAAAUACAAGCUGGGCAAACGGAAGACCUCUGUCAAAAAGAAAACCUUUAAUCCAGUCUAUAAUGAAAUACUGCGGUAUAAAAUUGAGAAGGAUCUUCUAAAGAACCAAAGUCUUAAUAUCUCUGUCUGGCACAAUGAUACCUUUGGGAGGAAUAGCUUCCUUGGUGAAGUGGAGCUGGAUUUAGGAACUUGGGACUGGAAUGAUAAAUCCAACAAGCAGAUCAACUGGUUUCCACUCAAGCCAAGGACUUCAACAAUGGCUUUUAAACUAGAAAACAGAGGGGAGAUGAAACUAGCCCUCCAGUAUGUCCCACACCCUGUUGGAGGAAAGAAGUCUCUAUCUACUGGUGAGGUCCACAUCUGGGUGAAGGAAUGCCGUGACCUUCCCCUUCUGAGAGGCAACAGGCUCAACUCUUUUAUUAAGUGUACCAUUCUUCCAGAUACUAGCAGAAAAAGUCGACAGAAAACAAGAACAGUGACAAAAACGACAAACCCAAUAUUCAACCACACCAUGGUCUACGAUGGCUUUAGGCCAGAAGAUUUGAAAGAAGCCUGUGUAGAGCUCACAGUCUGGGAUCACAACAAACUAGCCAACCACUUUCUGGGAGGUCUCAGGAUAGGCCUUGGAACAGGCAAAAGCUAUGGAACCACAGUAGACUGGAUGGAUUCUACUUCAGACGAAACUGCCUUAUGGCAGAAGAUGAUGAACUCUCCCAACACAUGGGUAGAAGAUAUACUACCUCUCAGGAUGCUAAUGGUUGCAAAAUUGACAAAAUAAGGUGGCUUUUUAAUUGCUAGUGUCAAAAAAAAAAAAUAAUUAGAGGUGUGGGGGUGAAACCUGGAAGAGGAACACAGUAGCUUUUUUGACAGUCUGUGCUCUGUUGCUGUUCUGGUUUUGUGCUGUCAAAUGUCACUUUCUAUUUCAAAUUAAACUUCUGCCUUCAGGUUAUUAUGUAAAUUUAAAGGAUUCUUUUGUUUCUUAUUCACUGAAAAUUACUUCAGGAAAGAAGGUACUUACAGAAUUCAGUGGUAGAAGUGGCAGUGAUACCUGGAUGCUUGCGUUGCCUAACUGAAGUGUGGCUGAUCCCUUAAAUCUAAAUCACCAGCGGGGGGUGGGGGUGGGGGGUGGGGAACAGCAAGUCAACUUUUUCUGUACACUUCUAGGACUGUUCAUUAAGUCAUUAAUAUGAUAGCAACAGGUUGCAUUAGCAUGUGCUUGUAUCCUCAUGAUGCCAAGUCAAAUCUCUCCAGUGAGGCAUAUGAGCAUGAAGAAUUAUUUUUUUUAAAGUUCCUUUUUUUGGUAGUUGUACAUUUCUAGGAUACUAAAGUCGCUUCUUCUAUUAUGAAAGAAGCAUUAUAUGAAGUGGUACUGUCAAUAUCCUAUUCUGCAAGCUGCAGAGGACUGUUCGUUCCGAUGUGCUAUAAAAAAUCAAGAGCUAUAAAAAAGUUUGCUUAUAUAUGUGUUAAUUGUCUUCCUAGUAGACAAUCCUGUCUCUUCAAUGGUGAAGACAUAGAGGUGAAACUUUUUUUACUCAAAUGCUACUCUAAAGGAUCUAAACCUGACAAUUUUAGUGAUGACAAGUAAGUUGGGUAUUUAGUCUGUAAAGUACUCGUCUGUACCUCUGUCUGUUAGCUAGGCUUUUGGUUGGUUGGGGUUUUUUUCCAAAAAAACCGUAAUUUAUCUGUGCUUCAGCACCACCAUUAGGAGAAUGUUGGGGUCAUGGUGGUCUUGGUUUAGACAGCUUUGCAGACUUAGGGAAUAGAACUUGAAUCUGUAACGUGUAGAAAUGCAUGCUACUAAGGAAAGGUAAACGCAUAAAAUACAAACUGUAUUGCUUUUUUUAAAUAAAGGCAGCCUAUUAAAGCUAAAUAGGAAUUCAAUGUUUAUUAAAACCCAGUGUUUUAUGUUAGCAAUUCAGCGUGCAAUACAACAAAAUGCAGACAGAAAACAUUUCUGAAAAUAAACACACAUUUAUUUGCUCCAACUGUGUAGGUCUAAAAGCCGGUGAAAUCUUGCCCUUCAGUUAGAGAGGAGAAGGGGGCUCUUCACAGCUCCAGCUCAAUUUCUUAAUUUAAUCACAAAAAUUUAAAUGCUGCUUGGUGUUGAUUAUACACUAUGAAUGGAAAAAAGGAAAGGUGCUAUUCAACCUGCCAAGGAACCCACUUUCUCUCUCAUCAACCAGGCAGCCUGCAAAGUUUACAAAUGCCAAAAGCAGUUGUCAGUCUUGAUACGUUACUGCUUCAGGUGUUUUGGACGAGAUUGGAAGCUGCUACAGAUCCCGCUUUGCCAGGUACAUACAAAACAUUAUUCUUGUAUGAGUAGGGAACAAUGCGCAUACGGCACUUCAGAACAAUGUGCUUGUACUGAAAGGGUACCGCAGCUGCUUUGCUGCUGUAUUCUUACAUCACCACUCCUGAAAGGGUGGGGAUUCUGGAAAAGCGAGGCGGGCACCUAGCUGCUUUAUAUUCACUGCCUAAAUGCAUUCACACUCACCUGAAAACAUAGGUUGCUGGGAACACGGCCUACAGUGUCACAGGAUUAAAGGUUUUGUUGUUGUGUUUCCUGUGAAGCUCAAAUACGUUGCUAUGUCAAAACAGCUUUGGGACUUCAGCCAAAGGCUUGGGGUCUUGAGGAUCUAGAUUGGCAGGCAAGCGUCAUGUAGUCUGUGUUCUAUACUGUAUGAAAUUUUGAUAGUUAAACUUGACUGCCGUUAAAAUAAAAUGCUUGGUUUGUGACAGCAUCAAUCUCCUUGUCUUUUGGCCAAGUAGAACAUCUUCUGUCUCACUAUUAUUAAUCCAUCCUAGAGACAGACACUGCAUUUUGUCAUUAUCUCAAAAGACACUGUUUACUGCUACACUAAUAGAUCAAAACUGUGUGCUGCACUUGUAAUUAAUGUGAUUCAGUAAUGGCACAUCAGUAUUAUGUACUCAUCUAGAUUAAUCAAGAAACUGAGCCAAGUAACAAGAAUGGGCCCUUUUAGUACAAGAAUUCAGUGCUCCACCUGAGUUUUUAAUAACUUUUUUCCAGCUUUUGCAGAAAAUGAGACUACUAGAGGUAAACAGGUAAGGACAGUUGUCAACACACACAAAAGUGAAUCUUCCUUGUGCUUCAGAAUUUACAGGAGGUCAGCAGAGGCUGUCACAGCAGUGUCUUUGAAAAAUAUAGUAGCGCACUUCACAAUGCUAGAUAUUUUAAAGUUAUUGUUAGUCUGCCAUGGAGUAUGCAAAAAAGCUAUAAAUCUUUAACAUAACGAUUUUCAGCAGAGCUUUAGCAGCUGCGUUUAUGAUCUUUUUAGUGUUUUACUAUCAUCAUGCACAAGAAAAGUCAAAGCUGUCCUGGUAAGAUGAACUUCAGUAGAAGGCAAAAUUACAAACCAAGGUGCUUUAUCAGUGGAAAUAGUACUUUGAUUACCCUAUGCAUGCUGUAGCAUUUAAUUAUAGAGUAGAAACAUUACAAUUUCACCUCCUGCUAAAGGAUAUUAUGUUGAUUUAUUACAAGUUGCUUGAAGGUAAUGGCUGCAUCUGAUCAUGUAAACCAGCAGGAAUUCU